AUGCAAACCACUAAAUGUUGUGCUACCGUGAAACUAUGCGAUUUGGUUAAAUUUAUGGUUUUCACCUACAACUUGAACGGUGAUGUACAAAGUCAAGUUCAGAGUGCUCUAAAUACGGCUGAAAGCUACAACUUUGUGAAACGAAAUAAUGACCGUUAUUCUUUAAUAUGCCCCGCAGCUAGGCUACAUUUAUCGCCAUCGCUUUGUCUCAAGGAAGAACUUAAGCGUAUCCAGACAAUAUUUCCAAGUAAAAAUAGGAAAAAUAGUACAAGUAACUUAUGCACGUCUAGGUCAUCAAGAUUAAGAAAGCCAGCUUCGAAUGCCUUAUGUGUAUGUCCAUCGAGCGGCGAAGAAAGUAGACAAUGUCCAGUCACACGGUCAAAACGUAAGAAUAAACCAGAAGAAUGUAAUGUUACAACUACAAACGAUUGCCCUGCCCCGAGCUUCUUGGACAAAUUCUGGCCAUUAUCUUUACCAAAAAAGAAAAGAAGCAAUUCUACAAAUACGCAACAAUUAGCUAAUUGUGGUUUGGAGAAGUGUCCGGCAACUAAAUCGAGAAAAAAACGGAAACGACAAGUGAGAAAUAGACCACGAAUAAAGUGUUCUUUGGAAGAUCUCAAAAGUAAAAUUUUGGGCGGUAACAGAACUAAACGUGAGUGCACUUGUGAGUCUACGAGUGAGACUACGAGCGAGUUUUCAAGCGAACCUACCACCAGUAAUACAAAAAAGGAUAUUAUUCGGUCCUGCAAUACAAAUACAUGUGAGGGACAGCGUGGAGAUACUUCUUCAAAUAGUUCGUGCUGA